CGAGGGAAGCGUGCAACAAAUGUUACAUCGUUUUAAAUUAAGAACAAUGUGAAACUAUUCGUUAUUCAUGAAUAAUGAAUGCGUUUGUGCCAAUGCAUUUGUUCACGACCACGACGGAGCGCAGCUGAAAACUGACGCUCUCGUGGUUCGGCCCGCACUAAAGGCGCGCUCUGAUUGGCCAGUGUUUUUCGUUAAUAACUCAAAAACAAAACUACAAACAUUUUGGUGAAGCAAAAUAUUGUUCAGAAUCAUGGGACACCCUGUAUAAUAACAAACUGUGUAUAAUUUUUAUCAAUUUACAUAUGUAAAAAAAUGAUACAUAUACAUAUAUACGUAUUUAAAAUAUACAGUCAUCAUUUUUUAUAACUUACAAUUAGUGGUCAAUGUCACUAACUUAAUCAGAAAAUUGCUGAUAACUGUCAGACAAAAGUAUCUAAAUAGAAAGCAUAGAAAGUUGAUAAUAUAUGUAACUAGACGUUGCAAAUAAUCUCCGGCAUAUUCAACUGAAACGAGAAUCUAACUGUGACGUCAUUAAAUGAGGUUUAUUUAUAAAAUUCUUGAGGUUACAUGUACUUUGAACUGAACGUUAUCUACGUCUCGUACCAAUUACCGGUAUUUGCAUAAGUUUAAAAAAAAAGAGAAAAAAUGAGUCUACAGUGGACAUUGAUUGCUGGUUUUCUUUAUACUGAAAUUGCUGUAGUUUUAUUAUUGGUAUUGCCAAUAUUUCCUCCAAACAGAUGGCAGAAACUUUUUAAGUCUCGAUUUUUGCAAAGUUUAAGUAAUCAAGCAUCCAUCUAUUUCUUAAUUUUACUUUCAAUAUUAGUUUUAUUCCUAUUAGAUGCUAUCAGAGAAAUGCGAAAGUACUCUGUAAUUGAACAUAAUGAUCAUGGUGUACAUUUGGAUGCUGAAAUGCAAAGUAAUCUGAGAUUGUUUAGAGCACAAAGAAACUAUUAUAUGUCUGGAUUUUCAUUAUUUUUAAGCCUUGUCAUACGUCGUCUUGUGAUCUUAAUUUCUGCUCAAGCUACUUUAUUAGCACAGAGUGAAGCUGCUAUGCGACAAGCUCAGUCAGCAACUACAACAGCGAAAAGCUUAUUAUCUCAAAAGACGACUGGAGAAAGUGCCCAAAAUGACUCAAACGAAGCGCAUGAUAAAGUGCUAUCAGAAUUGAAAGGUCAAAUUAAGGAAUUACAAGCAAAAAACCAAGAAUUAGAAAAUCAGCUUACAAAAGAGAAACAGGAUAAAGAAGUCAUAAAAUCACAAGCUGCAUCUCUUGCUAAGGAAUAUGAUCGUUUAACUGAUGAACAUGGUAAAAUACUUCAGUCAGCUGGUGAUAAAAAGAGUGAUUAAAUUAUACAUUUUCUUUUUUGUUCCUUUUUUAUUUUUUGUUUUCUUAAUUAUUUUAUAAUGGUUAAUCCCUAUUUCUGGGUUGAUAUUUUAUAUUAUUAAAAGUUAAAGUUCUACAGAAUUGAAUUUACAUAAUGUAGACAAUAAGUUAUGUAAUAGAGUAUUUAACAAGUACCAUUAUGGUGAAGACAUAUAUAAUAAGUUUGUAUUCUAUAAAUAUUUAAAUAUAUAAAAUUAAUACAGUAUUUUUGAAAAUAUUGUUAUGGUACAACAGCAAUUACUGUAUGCACCUGUGAUGUUAACUAAAAUUACUUAAAUUAUAUAUGCAUAAUUUUUGUAUUUCUUUCGGUGA